AUGACGAUCGUCGACGUCCACACCCAUGUUUACCCUCCCAAAUACAUGGAGCUACUACGCUCACGAACAACCGUACCAUACGUUCGAACAUUCCCCGAUGCACCAGACUCAGCACGUCUCAUCAUCCUUCCCGGAGAAGAUGACCCUUCAACACCUUCAACCUCCCGCGGCCGCCCUAUUGGCUCCGAAUACUACGAGAUCAAAGAAAAGAUAGCCUUCAUGGACCUACACAAGAUCGACAAGUCCGUCAUCUCGUUAGCAAACCCUUGGCUAGAUUUCCUCCCAGCAGACGAAGCAGGCGAAGCAGCGAAGAAGAUCAACGACGAUGUAAACGACCAAUGCUCGCAGUACCCCGGUCGACUGUACUUCUUCGGCACCCUCCCACUCUCCGCAUCGCCUGAAGUCAUAACCGCCGAGAUCGAGAGACUAAGCACGCUCAAGUACGCACGCGGUGUCGUCAUGGGCACCUCAGGUCUUGGACAAGGGCUCGACGACGAGAACCUCGAUCCCGUCUACGCAGCAUUGGAGAAGCACCAACAGCUCAUCUUCCUCCACCCGCACUACGGUCUACCUACGUCCAUCUACGGACCCCGCGCGAGCGAAUACGGACACGUUCUACCAUUAGCACUUGGCUUCCCCCUGGAGACAACCAUUGCGGUGACGAGGAUGCUGUUGAGCGGCGUCUGGGAUCGGUUCACAAAGCUGAGCGUACUACUGGCACACUCAGGAGGUACAAUGCCGUUUUUGGCAGGUCGCAUUGAGUCUUGCAUCUUGCACGAUGGUCACCUGAAGAAGCAUGGCAAGACACAGAACAGGAGGGACGUAUGGGAUAUUCUGAAGACGAACAUCUACCUGGACGCUGUCAUAUACUCGGAAGUUGGGUUGAAGGCCGCUCUCGAUGCAUCAGGGUCGGACCGGUUGUUGUUUGGCACUGAUCAUCCAUUCUUCCCGCCGCUCGAAGAAGACGCGAAGGAGUGGCACAGUGUAAACGCGAACUAUGGGGCUAUCUCGAAAGCCUUUUCGACGGAUGACAAGAAAGCACAGGAUGUUCUUGGUGGAAAUGCGGUGCGGAUAUUACGGUUGGACUGA